CGUACAGACACCCUGAAACGGGAUCGUGUUUUUCUCGAGUGUAAUAUUUUCCAUUUUGCCGAAAAAACGACGCACUUUCGGGACAAUUUUUGGCCCCAGAGAUGUGAGUUAACGUUAACACCAGGGAGAUCUGAUUUAAAACAUGUGCAAGUUUGAUACGAAAAUUCGAGAUCUGUGGGUAAACUUCUUCGUGCUUAAAGAAAUAACGUCUGGAGCUUCGCUUUUGCUCAUGUACCUUUGUACUCGAAGGAGCCCAAUGUGGGUGGAAGUGAGAUGGCAUCCAGGGAGAAGAGACCCCUAGCGCCUUCAAAGUCCAAACAGAAGGUGAAUAAUGAUUGUACAUCACCAUCAGUCGAGCAGAAAAGUAAGAAAGGCAAAGCUCAAACAAACACGAGACAACAGCAAAUUGCACAGGAUAUUUUAGAGGCUGUAGCUACUGAUAGUCAACUCCCUGUGAAAAUAAACGCAAACUUGCCCCGUAAGAAAGCUAUAAAAAAUUUACGGCACAAGUCAAAACUUCAAGCCACGAAAAGCAACCUUAUUAAGGUUAAAAUCGCUAAAAAAGUACCGAUCAGAGCUUUAAGAAAAACUAACGUGGAGACGAUCAGGGCCGUCAAAGGUAGAAGAACGAAAAAAAAUCUUACAGACGUGAAAGAUCUUGAAAAUAACACUGAAGAUCCUGAUAACGAUAACGGUAUCACUAAAACUGGUGCUAAGGGAAAUAAUAACAGUGUUAAAUCUGUAAACACAACAGUCAGCACAUUCAGAAAUAGUCUGAAGUCAAAAAAAAUUAAACACCCUAUCAAAAGCACAGAAGUCGAUAAUAGUAUCAUUGAAGUCACAGGAAAGGAGACCGACAGUACUAACUCGGGUGCAAUAAGCUCAAGAAAUAGUCCGAAGACUGGGAGAAAAAUUAAAAUCACUUAUAAGAAACUUCAAGAUCUUGAAGCAGAGCAGACGGAAGAUAGUACAAGUUUGGAAAGUGAAAAUAAAUAUAAUAAAGUUUCCAAAGUAGGGCCUGUUAAGAGAUCCAAUAAGGAAAAAGACAAUAGUACAAAGGCUGUUGAAGAUACUGCAAGCUCUUCGAAAAUGCUUAGACUCAAAAGAAAUACCAGUAAAGAAAGAGAUAUCCAAAACAAUACUAGGAGUCCUAGCAUAAUAGAUACAAAAAGUAAUAAAGCUAUACUUGACAAUAAAAAUUUGGUUGAUCUUACAAUUGACGAGGUUAUUUCCACAACUGUUGUCAGAUCAGUCGUAGAAGAAACACAAGGAUCGGCAAAAAAGACAAAGAAAGGAAGAAAAAUAUCAGAAAGGCCUGAAAGAUUAUUAUACGAAAGUGAGAUCAAGAAAGAGCCAGAUAUGGAGGAACUGAAAAUCGCAGCAAAUGAAAGUAGUAAAGAGUCUGACGCAGAGACACUAAAGCCGAGCCAAAUUUUAAAAGAUAUGAGCCAAAAUAGUUCAGACUGUGUGAAAAGUACAUUACCAAGAACGAGAUAUAAUCGUACAUUGGCACAGAGAAGCCUUCGAAACGGUAAAUUGCGUGGAUCUACUGAAUUUGUUACGUCCCUAGAAUUGGAGGGUAAUAAACAAAACAAAUUGGAAUCUGGAGAUCAAACUGGAUCUGAUACUUGUCCCGGUGAUUCAUCGGGGGACAUAACUGAAAGUGACCAAUUUUUUUACGAGUCAAAUUUAGAUAGUGCACAAGGCAUGAUGGAUUCAACUAAAGCUGAAAUCCCGAAAAACAAUGAUGAUGUCGAAAACAAUGCAACUGGGAUAGGGAACAAUAAUAAUAACAACAAUGGAGAGCGAGGAGAAAGAAUGUCUGAAGUUGGACCAACAUUGCGCUCUAAAACAAAAGCUAAGACUAUAGAUUCUACAGCUACAAGUUUGGAUAGUAAAUCAAGUAGUGACGCUAAAGCUGACGAAACAAAAGUCGUAAUGAACAAUACCGGUACACACGACGAGUUGAUAAAAAGUACCACUAUAGAACAAACACGUAAAGAAAAUACUCUGGUAAAUAUCUUGGAUAAACCAAAGAGUCGCCGGAGUAGUUUGAAUAUCGAAAUGAAGAAAACAGUUGGAUCGCACAUUGAUCAAAUGAUAGAAAAUAUAAAAUUAAAUAUUGCAAAGUCAAUUGAAAGUAAAAUUUUUGGUCCUGAAAAAAGUCUCGUUUUGAGCAAGAAUUUUGAAAUGUCAAAGACUGAAGAGAUCGUUGCACCCUUGAGCACCGAAUUGCAGAAAAAGAACUUAGAGGAGAAUGAUGAAGACGUAAAUGCUCCAAAUGUUUCCAAGAGCGAAAUUAAAUCUGAAAAUUCAGAAAAUUCGGUACCCAAAGUUGCAGAUACCGCUAAAGAGAUUGAGAAAAUGGUAAUGGGUGACAUGGAAAUUGCUGACACACAGUCACAGGAGAGACAAAAAAAUUGCAGUGACAAUGGCAAUGUAGCUACCGCCAGUGGUUUAGUCGGAGUCUGUAAAUUAGAAAAUAUCACAAAUAGUGAAAAUGCCUGUGAGGACUUUUCAGGGCAAAAAGAUCUCCAUAGUGGAAAUCCUGGCCCUCAUUUGAUAUCUACUAAAAGUAAUGAGAUCUCUGGAAAGUCUACAGAGGUGCCCGUGGAAGGUGUUAAUGAGGACCAAUCAUACAAAGGCGAAGAUCAAGCUGCAGGAGUGGAUAUUAUGAAAAUGUUGACUAACACCAGAACAUCUGAUGUAAAUAGUGAAAAUUUAUCGGCUACUACUAAACAAUCAGUUGAAUGUAGUAAGAGUCAGUCAAACGAAAUUCAGUCUUUGCCAGAAAUCAGUAUGACUGUUGAGAAGCAAGGUAAAAGAUCGUCUAUGCUUUUCGAGAAGCCAGAAAGUGCUGAUCAAAUAUCUGCACAAAUUAAGAAAAAUCUAUCCAUCGAUGCUAGUAGCUCACAGGCGAGUAACAAAGAUACUCCCCGCCACACAUUGAAUUAUGAAAUUUUUAAACAAGAAUUGAAAGAAGUUCAUAAAAAUACAGAAUCAAGUAUCCUAGAAAUUGAACCAGUAACAGAAUCGAGGAAUGCAAAUUCUGUUUUGAAGUCAUUUGGAACAGGAGCUCAAUCAUUAGGCAUAUCAAAGAAUAUUGAAACACCAGUAACAGGCCAAGAUAACACUAUGGAAAGUGUUUGUUUAUCUACUACGAUACAAUCUGAAGAAUCGGAAACAUUGGAAAGUAUUUCUAGGGAAGUGGAAAGAUUAGUGGCUGAAAGCGAAUCUGAAAAUAAGAAGAUUACCAGCUCAUCACACCGACCGUCAAGUGAGACAGAUAAAAAGAAGGCUGAGGAUCAUUUUACAAUUAAAGAUUCGGAAAAUUGUAAUAAGUCUUCUGACAAUAUUAAUGACAGUGUGGAUUCCGAAUUGGAAACAAAUAGGUUUUUAGAAGUGCUGGAGUCUUCUUUUACAGAUUCCGAUAUUUUGACAAUGAUACCAGAAAUCAGCGAGGUUCUAGCUUCUAAGGAAACAUCCCGAACCGAUGCUAUCCCUUCACAAGAGAUUUUAAACUCUGAGGAAUCAGUCAAUGAUGCUGAACGGUGUGAAAAUGACGAGGUUGCUGUUGAAAAUCAAGAUACAGUCUGUGAUCAUCCUUCGACGUCAAACGGUCAGGAUAAAAUACUGAAUAGUCAAAAUUUGUCUGUAGCAUUAAAAUUGUCACAUGAAAAUAGAGAAAAGUCAUCAAAUAUACCAUCUCAAGAUAUCUCUCAGUUUUCGCGUGUUAAAGAAACCGUGGAAUCACAAAAUUUAAAUGUAGAAAAAAAGUCAAACAGCGGAGAAAAGACGACAAUUAGCCACGAUGAUUUGAAGCGACAGAAAAAUCUUCUCAAGAACCCAGAAAUUAUAGAGCAAUUCGAUAGAAGCAUUGAAAACGAUCGAUCUUCGACUGUUUCAGGUGAAACAUCAUCAGAAAAGCGAACGAACAGCCAAGAAAAAACGCCUCAUGAGUCGAAUGAGACGUCACAUGUCGAUACGUCCAAUGGUGAGGGCACUAUGAAAAAAGAUUCAAGACUUGACAACAUCGAUAAGCCAAUCACUGCUGAAGAGCAAUCAUGCUUAAUCGAGGAGAACAAACGUGUUUUAAGGGCGCGGGAUAGACAAAAGAAGGUGGAAUCAACUCGAAAAUCCCAGGAGACUGUUCAGAAUGCAAAAGUGUUUGAGCAAUCUAAACCAAUGGUCAGUAUAUUGGAACUUGUAAAAAAUGCUGAAGAUGUUGACAAUGCAGAAAUCGUAAAAGAACUAGGGAUGCAUAAAAAUGAUAGUUGUCAAGAAUUAACAUUAAACAAACAGAGUAAUUCUGAUGGUGUGACUGCUAUCGGCGAGUUAGACAGAUCAGAGUCCGACGAACCAUACCCAGUUGAAAAUGAAGCAGUGCAAGGGUCUCUUAUUCGAACCCGGCGUGGUCGGGAGUUGAAAAAACGUAAAGAUGAGCAGCAACAGAAUCAGAAUGUUCAGAAACCAAAACGAAGUAAACGAGAAAACAAGAAAUCAGAUCAGCAGAAUAAAGAAGAAACUCUUUUGGAUAAUGAAGUCGCAAAAAUAAAUGAAAAUACUCAGUCACUAACGGAAAAAUAUGAGAAAUCUUAUAAAGAGGGUGGAAAUUUCAGAGGGUUUUCUGAAGGUAGCUAUAAAAACAUAUUUAGCUCUGGUAAAGUUCGAAAAAAUGAUAAUGAUCGAAGUCAUUCGGAGACUGAUUUGGAGAUGGUUAAACUGGAAAUGGAAAACGUCGAACUCAUCAAGAAACGAUCAGGAAAUAUUCCAGCACUACCAGACGUAAUUGAAGGAAAUUCAUCCAGAAAUUCAGAAGCAAAUUCGGAAAAUGACAAAAAGAUUGUUGAAAACACGUCGAAGACACCAGAGACAUUGCAGAAAGAUUUGGAUGAAAGUUCUACGUCCAGCGAAUCAUCGAGUAGUGUCGCAGCAACACCUAAGAUAUUAGAAACACCUGAAGAUAAAGUGAAAAAAGAAUCUAUUCUACGACUACUUGGUUUGGAGUCACUGGAAAAGGCAGCAGAACGUUUGAGUCAUCAGAAAGCUAAAAAGGAACAAUACACAGGGACCUUAAAAACCGUUAUUAGGGUACAGAAAGAAAAAGACAAGAAGCGAUCACGAUCCCCACUGAAAAUGGUUUUAAAACAAGGCCGAAGCGAUGGAGAUGGAGACUCGCCAGAAUUUUACACCAUUCAAAAGGAGCUUGGAACCAGCGGCUUAGGCGACAGCAGCUCCGGUGCGAACCGCAAGUUCUCUACUAAUCACAGACAUUCUUGCGAUGAAGAUCCAGAAGAACCACCUUCAAAAGAUCGGCAAUCACUUGUCAUCCCAGAGAAAUCAUCAUCGUUUUCAAUACAUCCAGGUCGUUUGUGCGCAGAUGUGUGUUGCUACUGUUUUGGAAAGUUUGGUUUAUUAGAUACACCUAUGCACUUGGCACAAAUGAAAUCUGAUGAGCGACGCAAAAAGAUAUUGAAUAUUGAUAGGUAUCUUACGAAAGAUUCCUGUCUUUGCGAUGCUUGCUAUCGUCAUGUAGAUCGAAAGGCAAAUACCAGCCCUACAAACAUGCAAGCCAAACCUGAAAGACAACAUCGGCAAUUGAUGGUGUCCAAGUGUUCUGCAAGAGAGUGCAGGGAACCAGCUAGGCAUCAUGUGAAGCGACGCUGGCUGCUUAAAAUCAAAGCUGGGCUCCAAAACGAGGUGGAUAUAGAUUGGGAGUCAAGUCAGCAUACGUCAAUGUCCUUUUGCGUGAAUCACUAUUCAAAGAUUGAAAGGUUCCUAACUUGUGCACUUUGCAAGCGUCGUCUUGCCAGAAACCAUACUCAUCAACUGGUUGCUGCUGAAACCGAUGAGUUAAAUGAGCGCCUCAGACAUCAAGGAAUACCAGUGCCACUUUCAACUGGUACCUUCGUUUGUAAACUCUGUAGGUAUUUUACUCAGCUACAGCUCAAGUACAAAGACAUUGAGAACAUGAACGCGAACCACAAAUCGUUCUUUAAGAGUUACAGAAAGCGGAUUUUGCAUUACCACGAUAUUGAAGUACUCGAAAACGAAGAAGAAGAUUUGUCUUCCCAAGGUCAACCUACCAAAGACAAAGAUAAACGAAAAAAGUCAAAAUGUGGACAAGGUAAGGGUGGUAGCUCUAAGUCCCUUGACAGCACCCACAAUUCCGCAUCGGAAAAGUCGACUCCAGAGCCAAACAAAAAUGAAGGAAUGAAUUUUGAGACAAGUAACCAUGCUUUUGGCAACCAAAAUUCAACAAAUGAGAAAAACCGUGAUCAAGAUAGUACCGCCUGUCAUGACGUCCAAAUUUUGAAUGUCGAAGAUUCAAUAGAAAAUUUGAAGAAACGGAAAUCGCAUGAUAUGCAGACUUACAGUAACAGCCCCACGGUUUCUUCUGGCGAUGCUAACGAUCUUGUUGAAAUAUUGGCUAUGGAUAAGGAAGUAACCUUAACAAGACUACCGAAAAGAGCUAGAACAAACAGUGAUAUUACUCCUGUUGUUCAAAGACUUGGGGCUAAUCCCUCCAUCAGUGUACGCACGCUCUUCCCUGGCGAGGAGGAAAUGAAUUUGCAUGCAAAUGUUGAGUUUAACAGUGUGCGUGAGGUCACGCCGCAGGGAUGGGAAAAGUGCGCAACAAUGAUACAGUAUGAUAGAGAUACUAAACUGCUAUGGCAAGAACUACAAAGGCCGUACGGGAACCAGAGCUCGUUUCUCAGACAUUUAAUACUUUUGGAGAAGUAUUACAGAUCUGGAGACCUAGUAUUAGCCCCAAAUGCAUCUAGAAACGCCAUUAACUAUUCUACUUCAGUACAGAACCGGCUGAUAUCUUAUGAGGGACCAGAGAAAGUUGACGAACCUAUCAUGGAACCGAUUUCAUCGGAGUUCGCUAGUCCGCGGAGAUUGAGCGGUGGUUUCGUGAUGGAGAGAGAUAGACUUUCCAUGCCAAGUACCAGUUCUUUUCUGACAAAUACAUCAAUGAACUCGAAUGUGGCUAACUCAUUUUCUAAUUCAACGAAGACAAGUCCACCGCGGAUAUUGAAGUUUAAUUCGGGUGUAUCAAUUAUAAAAAAACCCCCACCAAAUCUGCAUCGUUUGAAUUUACCCUCGACUAGUACGAGUAAUGCAAAUAGCUCAAAGCGUAAAGACAACCGAAUGCCAGUCAUGUCAGGUGGUAAAGUAUUCCAGUUGAGUGAACCAGAAUUUAAAAAAUUACAGCAGUUGAAGAGACAAAAGCAAAUGCUUAAUGAAAAACAAAUGUCGAAUAUUAACUUGACAGGCAAUAGUGGUGGCGCUGUUUCUCCAUCAAGCCUACCUAGUAGACCACCAACACAAUAUCAAAAGGCACAAAUAGCCGCGCAAACACAAUUUCAAAAACAUUUGCGAAUGCAGCAAGAAAUGCUAAACAGACAGAGCAGAAGUGAUUUUGAACCAUUAAUAUGUGAUGUUCGAUCAUUGACGAACGAGAAUAACCCAACACAGAACCUGUUGAGUAACUUGAAUUUACCAAAAUCAAUUCAAGUCACUACAAAACCCCCGAAUCCGAUUCCAAUAAUGCCAAAAAUUCCGAAAUCUCUAACCGUGAUACCCCAAACAAUUACUAGACCUACGGAUAAAUGAAAGAAUAAUAUAAACUUUUUAGUGAUUUGCACCUUCUAUUGGACCACGUUAUGCAUCAAGAACCAUAUCAUGACAAUUUUACGUUGUAGUGAAAAAAAAGAAACAUGAGGAUUUUUCUUGUUACAUUAUACAAUACUACAAAAAAUACUAGGCAAGUUUUAUUUUCUUGCGGUCAUUGAAUUGUUUUUUAUACACACACAUACACACACAUUAUUUAUUAGUAAGAGUAUUGAACAUUUUCUUUAUCGACGUAUACAAUCAUUGUGUCUUUAAUAUGUUUCAUCAUUAUAUAUUAAAGCGCGGGUAUUGCGGUUUUUAAUUGUACAUUUUUUUUUUUAAGUACAGUUUUCCUCGUAUGAUGAGAAUUAGUCUAACAGGGCGCUUCUCUAUUUUCACCAAGUUCUGAUCAAUGCCUAACUUCUGACGAUGCAUAACAGGGACUGAUUAGGCAUGUUUCGAAUUCGGAUUAGGAUUUUGAAAUCUCAGAAUUACCAAUGAUUAAAAUACCUUGAUUUCGGAUACUGAAAACAGACUAUAGUUUUUUUUGCUCUUAUGUUGAGUUGUUGAUUUCUGCGAAAUCAAAUAUUUGUAGAACCUAUCCAAUGUACAGAUAGGCAUUGCUAUCCUAAUUAUAAUAUUCUCCCAUUUUCAAAAUAUUUCAAGAGCAGAGAAUGUGUGCAAUUAAUUUUUUCAUCUUUAAUUGCAAUAUGUGGAAAAUCUAAUGUAUUUGCGAAAGAAACAUUAAUUAAAUAUUCUAAAAGUGAAUUUUAACAUUUGAAAUCAAUCAAAAUCUUGAGUGGUUGUAUAGGUGGAGAGACGAUACUAAAAAAAAUAUGAAUAAUCUGAUAACUUAUCCUAACAUAACAGCAGACCUAACACCACUGAAUAUAUCAGUGUUCACUAAGAAAAGUGCCUAAACAAUGUGAGAACAUAUUAGUUGUUAUUGACCUAGUACGCUAAAAACUGACUUAUAAUGGUAGAUAAAUAUUAGUUAUUACCUAAACAGAACCAUAUCAGCGCUACCUAAAUAAUUUUUUUUACACAUAUAAUUUAGGCUGCGGAUGUAGAAAAGGAGUGUUGGAUGUCAUUGAGAUGAUUGCAUUACUGAUUGAGUUGCAGUACGUUCGCCAUGCGACUUAUUCAUUGUUAUACUGUAACAUAAUUUUAUCUUUUUUACCAAUCGUAGAUUCAGCGUUGCAUCUGCUGAUGACUAUCUAAAAGGUGCACGAAAUGGUUGAACAUGCCCCAUGAUUUCUGUAACAGUACUGCUGAAACAGAAAUUCACUCUGGUGGAUCCUUGACAUCUAGCACUCAUUAUGUAUUAUCUAUACUUUUAGAUUUAGAAGAAUGAUGAUUAGCCUUUUACCUUUUAAUUAUUAUACACAUAAAAAAUGAAUGCAUCUCCAGCAAGGAGCAUAAUAGUAAUCUGUAAUUAUAAACGAAAUUAAGUCUAAAUAGUUAAUUGAAUUCUAGGACAUGCGUUGAGCUUAUUUAUUACAACAUAAUUAUAAUGUACAUAAUUAAUAAAUAAUAACAAUCAUAAUUCGCAUAAGAUUCCUUAGUUUUAUUAAAAGUGGUAAACUACAAUGAGUACAGUCUUUGAAACCCAUGCUGCACGGCAAUAACUAGCAUAUGCCACCAUUCAGAAGCGAUUUUUCACGUUCUUUUUGUAUAAAAAUUAAAAGUGUUCUUGGAACUGUAAUUACCAUAUAUUAAUAGACUUGUUUUCCGUGCAGUUACCUUGGACGUCAUUUCUUGAGAUUUUUUUCUUUACGGUUUACUGUUACUAUACUUAAUCCUCGAAAACUGUAGUCGAAUAAUGAAAUGUAUCUGUGCAUGGGCACCAAAGCCUGUCUACUGAGUGAUAGCUCAACUGUACAAUAAAAGCUAAGUGCGUAAGGAGAGAGUGUCGGAUCUCGUUGUGAACGGCAAGAGCUUUUUGUUUUUGCGUCAUUAGGAUUAGGUGCGUUUAUACACUUGGAGUAUGGUAUAAAAUUCACAUGCACAUUCUUUGUUGAUGCAUAAUGAUGUAAAUAUUGUUACGAAACAAUACUGCUUUGUGUCACAAGAUACGAACUUUAAUUUAUUAUAUUUAUAACAUGUUUCUAAUAUGUAAAAUCAUCUUACAGAUAUUACAGUCAUUUUCUUUCCUGCAUUGACGAGAAAUGCUAACAAUUUGUACACGCAUUGGUAUGACAAGCUUCUUUUUUUAUUCUUCUCUUUACUACAGAUACUUAUGCUUGAGAAAUUGUUAAAAGUUAUUUGCAAUAAUAAACAUUUAUGCUAGUGGUGAAAUUGAACAAAUGGCUGUGUAAUAUUUUUUAAUCUACUUUAUAUUCGAUGUAAAAUGUAAAGUUCGAAUCGUUUGACCAAAAUGCCAAAAUAUGUUUGCUAUAUCUGUACAUGGAUGAUUUGAAGCAUUAGUAAUUAAGUAUCUAUAUGCUUUACAAUGUUGAUAUGUUUUGACAUUAUUAUUAAUGGCACUGUUUCAAAUCAAAUUGGAAAAUUCAUGAAAAAUAUCGAACCCUUGUAAUUGAUUGAAAUGUAACUUGGUGUAUGGUAUAUUAGUUUAGAAAAAGAUCAAGUUCUUCAAGUUUUAUCUGUUAUCCGACACUCUGCAUCCUAGUUUCUUGUGAAUUAGAAAAUGAGAAGUAAAUUGAGAAAAGGUUUGAAGAACCGUUACACUAAAAUGUUGCAGCAAUUACCUGCGUGAAAGCUACUAAUUAUUAUGUAACAAAGUGUAAUACAAUGCAAAUUAUAUAGAUACAUUAUACAUAUAAAUUCUCUAUUUUACUAAGGAUAUUUUUGAUAUAUAUGAACAUGUAUAUAUAUAUCGAAUUCAAAUUAAUUAUUUCAAACGCUCGAUAAUCAGUUAUUGUUGUUAAAGGACAUUCAUGUCUCAGAUUAUAGGGAAAGAGAGCACUUGAUACCAGUGUUAACAACCGAAUAUAAUUCUUCACCUAUCGCACGGCAAAACUUCACUGUAAAUAUAUGCGAAUGAUAUUCUGCAUAAAGUUGUCAACUAUGAAUAAUAAGUCUCUCGUGUUAUUGCAAAUUACUAAAAUUACUUUCAACGUUCGUGUGUAUAUGAAGUUUUUAUUUAAAGACCUUUGUGAAUUGUGACUACCCAUCGAUGUUAAUUAGUUACAAUUUUAUUCUGUUGUAUAUUUCACUUGGUACCGGGCACUCUUCCCUGUGUUACACACUUAGAUCGUAUGAUAGAUGUACGAGCUAAGCUUAAGUUUUAAGAAUUCUAUUUUUCUGGUGGCAGAGGGUAUAUCUAUUGUAAAAUGACUGAGGAAAAUGAUAUGACGACGUUGAAUGGACGUUGUAAAGAGUGAUAUAGGACACUUUAUCCAAUUUCGAGGGUAGCAUCUAUUUAAGAAAGGGUGGAAUUAUGUAUAAACCUUAGAACUCUUUGCAUAUUAUUCCCAGUAAUGGAAAGUUAUUCAGCUAUAUAUCCAUUCUCUAAUAUCAUUUGAAGCAGGAUUGAAUUCUUGGGCAGAAUAACAGCGUUAACAUGCAACUCCUAUUUGUGAGGUAUCAGUAUUCGCCCCUUAAAAUAUAGUUGUUCCAAUACCUGCAUAGAUAACUUAAAAUUUAUGAUUUUUCAUUGAUACUAGCAGAUUAAGUUUUUACCAAAAUCUUCUGAGAGUUUGCAUCAAAUCGAAAUUGGAAAACUGAUAUGCCCUUGUCAGUAUCGUAGAAAUGAUACUGGCUGUACCGGCGAAUAUAAUAUAUUCGUCGCAACGGCGCUGUCAUUCUGCUUGAACGUUAAAUUCUCCUUAUUUCGUGUUAUUAGUCAUUGACUAUUUUGCUAAUAGCGCUAUUGAAAUCUUAUUCCUGGUCUAUUAUGGUUGAAAAAAAUCAUCAAAGUGUUUCACUAUAUCACAAAUGACAGGAAUGAAACCAAUAUGAUGCCUUUCAGUGAACCAUGGGCGAUCUUGUUUGUACCUUUUUUGUAAAUUUUUUUAUCAAGUUACGUACAAGUACUAAUAGAUUUCAAAGUCUAAAUCUUGAAAACGACGAAGUAUUUUUCGAAUUGUUAGUGCAGAAAUUAUCUCUAAGAUUAUAGUAUUUGACGUGUGAUAACUCUGGAAAAUUUCACACUCUGCUUAAAUUGAGAAAUGAAAUGUUUUCAAGUUGUUUGUCGGGUAAUUUUUAAAACUGGCACUUUGAGCUGUCUGUAGCUACCAAGAAGUACUUCGCGCAACACAUAAUUAUGAAAAUAGUAACUGGACUAUGUUCUCACAAUCA